AUCUAUGCCCAUGGUCAAGUUGUAGCGAAUAUACCUUCUCUUUAAGGAACUCCUGUUUAAAUUAAUUCUGUAAAGAACUCAUCUUAAUUUGUCAUGUCUAUCUUUAAAACAAAUAUAUUGGUCCGUUCGCUGAGCACUUCUGCUUCAGCAGCUCAACUUGUCAAAGCUCCCGUACAAGUUUUUGGAUUAGAAGGCAGAUAUGCAUCUGCUCUUUAUUCGGCAGCUUCAAAAAGUAAAACAUUAGACGCUGUUGAAAAGGAACUAUCUCAGUUUCAACAAAACAUUAAAAGCGAUCCAAAACUUAAGGAGUUCAUUAUCAAUCCGACCCUGAAGAGGAAUCUGAAAUCUGAUGCGUUAAAAGCGGUGGCUACUAAGACCAAUUUAUCACCCACAACAAGCAAUCUGCUUAGUCUACUUGCUGAGAAUGGACGCUUGGACAAAUUGGAGUCUGUUAUAAAUGCUUUCAAGAUUAUGAUGGCUGCACACCGUGGGGAAGUUACUUGUGAGGUAAUCACUGCCAAACCUUUAGAUCAAGCUCAACGACAGAACUUGGAAGCUGCUCUCAAGAAAUUCCUGAAAGGCAAUGAGACACUACAAUUGACAGCUACAGUGGACCCCUCUUUGAUCGGAGGUUUGGUUGUUUCAAUUGGUGACAAGUAUGUAGACAUGAGUGUUGCCAGCAAAGUGAAGAAAUACACGGAACUUAUCAGUGCCACAGUUUAAAUAUUCUAUUUAUCUCUUAUCCAUCAAAUAUUUAGUCAAAAUAAAUAAUUACACAGAAUAAUUUAAUUCACA